AAUUACAUAAACUAAGAAGCAAGUUACUGAAGCUGCAAAGGUGUACUAGAAACUAUUGAGAGAGAGAGAGAGAGAGAGAUGUUACGGAACCACUGCUACAAGGAUGUUCUGCCAUUUUCAGCCAUGGUUGCUGUGGAGUGCACAAAUGUGCUCGUAAACAUCUUGUUCAAAGCAGCCACUUUGAAAGGGAUGAGUAACUACGUUUUCAAUGCUUACUCUUAUGCCGUGUCCACUCUUAUUCUUCUCCCCUUGGCCUUCAUCUUUAGCCGAAGGACUGGGCUUCCUCCAUUGAAGCUGUCUCUCCUCUACAGAAUUUUUCUCCUCGGAGUGCUUGGGUCUGUAGGUCAGAUAUGUGGCUACAGAGGUAUAGAAUACAGCUCGGCCACUCUUGCUUCAGCCAUGAGCAACCUCACACCGGCUUUUAUUUUCAUACUUGCCGUCAUUUUCAGGAUGGAAAAUCUAGCUUUGAGAAGCUCAAGUACUCAGGCUAAAAUCAUGGGCACCAUAGUGUCAAUAUCAGGUGCACUGGUAAUUGUUCUCUAUGAGGGCCCUAAAAUCAUAUCGACCUCAUCUCAAACACUAUCCCUUUCACAUCAUUUUCCUCUGGGCUCAUCACAAACGAAUAGGGUCAUAGGUGGCCUUCUACUUGCUGUUGAGAACCUUCUAUUUGCAAUGUGGUACAUUGUUCAGGCUCAAGUUAUGAAAAUAUAUCCAUCGGAGAUAAUUGUGGUCUUCUUGUACAUUUUGUGUGGGACUGUUAUAUCUGCACCACUAUGUUUAAUUGCAGAAACAGACUUGAACGCUUGGAGACUAAAGCCUGAUAUAGCAUUAGUUGCCAUUGUAUACUCGGGAUUUGCUUCAUCUUUUGGCACUGUUGCCCACACGUGGGGCCUGCAUUUGAAGGGGCCUGUGUAUAUAUCAAUCUUCAGGCCAUUGUCAAUUGCUAUAGCAGCUGCUAUGGGUGUCAUUUUCCUUGGUGAUGCUCUAUAUCUUGGGGGUGUUGUUGGAGCAGUAAUAAUAUCAGUUGGGUUUUAUGUUGCUAUAUGGGGAAUAGCAAAAGAUGAAGAAGAAGAAAUGAGUGAGGAUUGUGGCUUUGGUAGCUUGGAACCCUCAUCAAAUGAUAAGACCCCUUUGUUGCAAAGAUGUAAAGUUGAAGAUCUAAGCAUGUAGGUUGAUGAAGGAAAUGUGCCAGCAAAUCACCAAUUUCUUAUGAAGUUCCAUACUCCUAUGGAGCAAGAACAUCUCUAUCCCGAGUUAAAGCUUCUACUGUCAUAUGAAAAGCAUUUGCCUUUGUCACUUACGAAUAUGGAAAGGCUGAGAGGGGAAAUAGAUUCAGCAGUUAUGAGAUGAAUAUCCCAGUUAAUUUUCUCCACUAUAAUCUUUAUUCGUGGCGUAAGAUUAUCAGAAAUUGCAGAAUGAUGCAGUGAGUUUUAAGAAUACAAGGAGUUGGUUCUUUGGCAGCCUUUCUUUGUAAGACCACUGUUUUGCAAAGCGAUGAAAGGAACUCAAGUUCUCUCUCUCUCUCCUUAAAUUAUUUGCCAGCAAUCCUUUAAUUUUUUGUCAAGAGUUUCUUGUCCCCCACGGUCCCACCCCCAGGACUAAAAAUUUUGGCUGAUGGCUCCACAGUUCAAAGUUCAACGUUUUUCAAAGUAGAAAUGUCAAGGGUAAGCUUUUCAAUAAAUUGGG